GAAGAUGCGCACGAGUUCUUGCGCGCGCUACUGGGUACUCUUACCAUGAGUGGACAGAAUAAAUCCCUCAGCAGUCUUUUUGACGGGCUUCUCGAGUCGGCUGUCACCUGUCAAACCUGCCGGAGACCAUCGCUCACGCGCGAUCGAUACAUGGACUUAUCGCUCGAUAUACAAGCGGAACAAAUAGAAACCCUAACGGACGCUUUGCACGAGUUUACGAAAACUGAACUGUUGAAUGGAGAAAACAAGGUAAAUUGUGGAAGAUGCGGAACAAAGCGAAUUGCUACGAAAGGAUUAAGGCUCGCGACAGCCCCUUCCAUCCUGGUUUGCCAUUUUAAGCGCUUCGCCUUUGACCGCUUCGGCAAUGUGGCGCGGCUAUCCAGGAAGGUGCAGUUUCCUUUGAGACUCGAGAUUGGAGCGUACAUGUCCCGGGUCAAUAAGGCUCGGCCACCGCCCUACGAUUUAGUGGCCGUUUUGGUACAUCAAGGUCAGAGCUGUGAACGCGGGCACUACGUCGCCUUUGUCAAAAAGCAUGGUGAAUGGUUCGAGUGCAACGAUGAGCGGGUCACU